GAUUUUCCUGGCGCCUUUACCAUCAGCACUGGGGCCCAACAUCUCUGUGGGCUUGAGCAGGCCUCAGGCCGGGUGUAUUGCUGGGGCUCCGGAGAUUAUGGCCAGCUCGGGGACAACCUCGCCAGGUCCAGUGAGAUCCCAGUGCGAGUGCAGAGCUUGGCGCCAGCGGUGGCUGUGACAGCUGGCGGCCUUCAUUCCUGCGCUGUAGAGGAGGACGGCGGUGCCAAAUGCUGGGGCAAGGGCGAAGACGGGCAGCUCGGCUUUGGUGGCCGCAGCCGUCGCUGGGAAGCGCGCCCCGUGGCAAGGCUCGGUCCUGCCGCCGACAUCCGCGCCGGUGGCUCCCACACCUGUGCCCUGGAGAUGUCUGGCAUCGUCCGUUGCUGGGGUUGGGGCGAGUUUGGGCAGCUGGGAGACGGACGAGCGCGGGAUAGCCUGUAUCCGGUGCGUGUUGCUCAAAUCGAACGGGCCGAUGCCAUCUGCUCUGGUGCUCUCCACAGUUGCGCCGUAGAAAGCGGACGGGUGAAAUGUUGGGGUUGGGGUGAGCGUGGGCAGCUCGGCAUGUUCAACGGAACCCGGCGUUCGGAGAAUUCCGCCGUGCCCGUGACUGUAGAGGGGCUCGAGGAUGCCACGGAGGUAGCAUGCGGCUACCAGCAUGCCUGUGCUCUACAUGGACCAGACAACAAUCAGACAACGACCUGCUGGGGAGAGGGAGUUGACCUGCAGCUGCAGAGACACGACGAGAUCUGGACAAAGACAGCACGCCGUGUCAUGCGCCUCGACGAGAUUCUUCAGUUCAGUGGGCCCCUCCCGACGGCUCCUAUGAAGUCUGUAUGGUGA